UCAUUUUCAGGCAUAGAAAUUUUUAAUUAUUGAUGAUUUUAUAUAAUUGUCAAUGCUUCAAAAUGACAAUUGUCAUCAACUAAAGUAAAGAUUAUUUUCAUUUGGGAUAUUUUUACCAUCAAUUUCUCUAAGUAGGAAAGAAAAUUUUUUGCCAUAGUAAAGCUACCAGCAUCCUUCUGAUGGCAUUUCUUGCUGACAACAACACCUGCGGCCAAACUCUCCUCAAACUCGUAGCGCGAGGAAGCUCCAUUCUUGCCGAGCUCACCCGACUUGCAUCAGCUGUGCCAAGCAUAUUUAGAUUAGAAAGCAAGGCAGACGUGCAGAAGUUUGGAGACGUUCUGCUGGACUUUGGUUAUUUCCAGAACCCUGAACUUUAUGCUAAGAAUAUCGAGGAAUCAAAGGUGUUGCAGCAACUUGACAAUGACAUAAAGGAGCGACACAUGCCCGUGCUGUGCCGCCUCUAUGCUGCAUUUGAAAGCAUUCAUCGUUACGUGUCACAGCUGAGGAGCUUCCUGCAGGAUCUCUCUGACGGGGCCUUCCUGCACUCUAACUUUGAUAUUGUGUUUGCUGAUCAUGACGGCAAGCAGCUCAUGUGUGAGGCGCUGUACCUGUACGGCGUCCAGCUGCUGCUGGUGGACAAGCUGUACCCAGGCUGUUGUCGUGAGCGUAUCAUUGUUGCGUAUCAUCGCCACGCAAGCGUCGAGCAACGUCCUGCCAGCGACACCAACAUUGAUGACGUAUGUUGUCUCCUGCGCUCUACGGGACUUGCGCUUGAUGAGAAGCGUCCGCCGGGAUAUCCUGAGGACUACUUCAGACGCAUCGAGCUGCCGGAGAGCUACGUGGACCAGGUGCUGGGCCACCUCAGGACUGACGACGUGUACAGUCAGGUAGGCUGGCGACAUGUACAGUCAGCACCCAUCCACCACCCUCUCACCACCCCCUCACCACCGCAGGUCGACAACGUGCGGCGCGUGGCUGCGAGUUUCGCGGCGCAGCUGAAGACCUGCGCCGCGCAGAGCGAGCAGCGCGAGGGCGAGGGCGACCUCAGUGAAGUCAAGGUGCUGACGGCGCGCGCGGCGCUGCUGCGCGAGGUGCGCGAGAGCAACGUCGCGCUGCGCUGGCUCAUGCUGCACUGCGCGCCACUCGACCACGCGGGGGGCGCCGCCUCCAAGCGCUGCGUCGCCGUCAGGGAUCAGGUCGUGACCUGCACGCAGGCCGCCCCUGACGCCGUCUUUGACCUGCUGCUGUUACAGGUCGUGACCUGCACGCAGGCCGCCCCUGACGCCGUCUUUGACCUGCUGCUGUUACAGGUCGUGACCUGCACGCAGGCCGCCCCUGACGCCGUCUUUGACCUGCUGCUGNAGCGUCUCACUCAUCCCUAUAAGGAUUUUUUAUCCACAAACUACUAUCGGAAAAAUUUCUCACUAACGUCUCACUCACGGCCAGAGUACCACGACCUGAGUGCGAGCGGUGGCGCGACGCAGGCGCUGCAGGAGGCGCUCGUCGCCCUGGCGCAGCUCGAGCGCCUGUACGGCGCAGACGACGGCAGCCUCGCCGUGCUGGCAACUGUCGCCGACCUGUCAUACGCCUGGCGCCUCAUGGACCUGUACACGCCUGUCAUGCAGCGGCGCAUCAGGGAGGCGCCCGGUGAGGUGGUGCGCCUGCGCGCCGUCUUCCUGAAGCUCGCGUCCGCCCUGGAGCCUCCGCUGCUGCGCAUCGCGCAGGCGCGCUCGCCUGACGCGCUCGCCGUGUCCACCCUGUACAGCGGCCACCUGGUGGCCUAUAUCAGGCGGGUGCGUGUGUGUCCACCCUGUACAGCGGCCACCUGGUGGCCUACAUCAGGCGGGUGCGUGUGUCCACCCUGUACAGCGGCCACCUGGUGGCCUACAUCAGGCGGGUGCGUGUGUGUCCACCCUGUACAGCGGCCACCUGGUGGCCUACAUCAGCUGUGCGAGCUGUGCCACAGCGUAGGGGUGCUGGCGGCGGGCGUGGAGCAGAUGGGCGCCACGCUCGUGGGCGUCGUGGAGCUUCACCCCCGGCAGCUGCUGGAGGGCGGCGUCAGGCAGGAGCUCCGACGCAGGAUUGCGUCCAUCCUGCAGGCCAACCUCAGCGUCCUGCCCAAGAAGGCAGGUGGCGGGUGUCUGCUACGCCAGCUGGCGGCGGUGGGGCGGCAGAUGGCGGGUCUCAGGGCCUCGUUCGAGUACAUACAAGACUACGUAGGCGUGUACGCGCUCAAGAUCUGGUACGAGGAGCUGGCGGCGGUCGUAAGCAGCAGCGUCGAGCAGGAAUGUGACCUGCUGUCAUGUGACAGGAAUGUGACCUGCUGUCAUGUGACAAGAAUGGUGGCGACGUACGUGGUGGCGCGCGGCGCGUGGUACGACAACACGAAGCAGCGCGCGCAGGUGGCGGACGGCGCGGCGCUCUUCGCGCGCGUGCGCGACGCCGUCGCCGCCGCGGGGCUCACGGGCGUCCAGAAGCUCCUCGCCUGCCACGUCGCCGGCGCUCUCAAGGUCAGCGGCCUGCCUUAUCUUAUAGUCAAUGUCAGGAGACUCUUGUGGCCCUCAGAAACUGAGCUUCUGGCCAGUACAUGGAAUUCGUCCGGCAACACGAAGUCUUCCGCAGCUCCCGUAGGGUACCCUCGUCUCGGCUCGAACUUUCAUGAAGUUUCGGCUCCCGAGAAUUCGUCGCUUGCCCUGCUGCUGUUCAGUACCAGCGCCUUCACAAACGACUCAGUUGCACGUCUCAGGCACGACCGUGUCUGCCUCGGCGGCGCUUUGUUGCGUUCAACGAUGUCAGGCUGCAAACUAGACGAUGGCUCCACGAAAUCCGGCGGUGCUUCGCCAGUCGAUGUGUCGGAUAAUCAGCUCAUCCGCGUCCUCGCCGUCUGGAACUUCUCACAAUCUACCAGCCCUCACAGCAACCUUAUCAGCGACCCUGAGCGGCAGUACGCCGCCUGGAGCAGUCGAGCUUCGCCCGCCUGCGGUGCCCUCGUCGCCCGUCUGCUGAGGAUCGGUCAGCUGCAGCUGCUGCGCCUGCACGCCUCAGCGCGCCUCGCCGCCUCCAGCCUCUUUGAGGCGUCGCACCUGCGCGAGGCGCUCCAUGCCCUCGACCUAUCCUUGAUGGAGGACCUUCGCGAGCACCACAACGCUCCUGACGUUCUCGACCCCGAGGGCGCCCUUGUGCACGACCCUGACCCUGAGGGCGACCUGGUGCGCGAGCUGGGCGCUCUGCUGCCGUGGGUCGGCCUGACGCAGGCGCUGCAGGAGACCUACGCGACGGAGCCCUGCGAGACGGGCCCCCUUCUGCCGCACUGCCUCCUGCUGCUACUCCUGCACCUGCUGCCAAAACUGCGCUACAAUGCAAAACUUGGCCUCGUGGCGGCGCGCCCAUCGGACGGCGUCGACGGCGCUGUGCUGUGCGUGGGCGUCGCUACGCUCUUGCGUCACGGCGCCCCUGACGCUUCUGCCUCCUUCUUGGGGCUCGUCGCCCAAUAUCUCGCGUCCCUCGUCCACCAUCAGAGCAAAACUUCGGACGGUGUGAGCAAUGAAGUAGCUACUGGCGCCGCCUUUCUGCACCUGCUUGCCCGCCUGCUGCAGGUGCCGCGUCAGCAGCUUACCGCCCUCCUGCCCGCCCAGCUCCACACAGCACCCUGUUAGUUCCUUCCUGCACCUGCUGCAGGUGCCGCGUCAGCCGGAUAAAGCUUGCCAACGCCAGGUGUUGCAAGGUCGUUCCUCUCACCAGAGAUGUGAACAGCUGCGUGCGCUGCUGUACCCUACGACCCGACAGGACUUGAGUCAGAGUGUCUAUGUCUAGUUAACUUAUUGUAUUUUUAUUUAACCUCUUGCUCUUGUGUGGCUCUUUGACGAGUGAAGCUAGAAAUGUGACGCAUGUAUUUCAAUAAGAGGCUAACACGAGAGGGAUAAACGAUGUAGACCCAGGAACACAACUAAACUAAGGGACGCGGUCACGCAUAUGUGUGCAUCAAAGCUUAAUGCGUCCAUGAAACCACGGUACAAUGUUACAGAACGGUCACACAAAUGAAUAGUGUUGAGUACCAUGUGAUUAAUACAUUCCAAAGAUAUUUUGAUUAUAGAUUGUGUAAAUGUAAAUUACAUAGUUCCAGUAGUUACCUACUAUAUGAACCUUAAUUGUCACGAUGUAACUUUGCUUGUAUUGCGUAAUCUUGUUGUUGCCUUUGUAAUGAAUUUUAAUAAAGGAUCAAUAUAUAUUCAUAA